AUUUUAGUAUAAAUAAAUAAUGCGAGGACGCAACUUGUCAUUCGAGAAAAAGAAUGUAAACGUUGCAGUACAGUCGAAACAUCGAAGUGCAAUCUAGUUUUUAUCAGUGUAGAGAAAUCAAUGUGUAUCACAGAGCGAAAACCAUUGCUGAAAUUUUGAAAUAUCACAGAGAUACCACGAUGACGUUUACAAUGAGAAAGCUGCUGUUUUCCCUUCCCGUAUUUCUGGCACUCUUGAUGUGUGCGGCAACUGAAUCUCCAAGAUUGGUCUGUUAUUUCAGCAACUGGGCUAUUUACCGUCCGGAUGUGGGCAGUUAUGGCAUCGAUGAUAUUCCAGCCGAUAUGUGUACGCAUGUUAUCUACUCCUUUAUAGGCGUCAGCAACGUCACUUGGGAAGUGCUUAUUCUCGAUGAAGAGCUCGAUGUUCAGAACGGCAGCUUCAACAAAUUUGUUGCCCUGAAGGAGAAAUAUCCACAUUUGAAAACUCAGGUCGCUAUCGGCGGCUGGGCCGAAGGCGGUAGAAAAUAUAGCGCAAUGGUCAGUGUUAAGCCUAGGCGUGAUUCUCUUAUUAGAAGCAUCGUCGAAUUUAUGAACAAGUACGGUUUUGACGGUUUUGAUCUCGAUUGGGAAUACCCAGCAGCUACCGAUAGAGGUGGUACCUUCAGCGACAAGAAUAAUUUCUUUUACUUUGUCGAAGAGCUGAGAACCGCGUUCGACAAGACAGGCAAAGGCUGGGAAAUUACUAUGGCAGUACCAAUGGCUCCGUUCCGUCUCAACGAGGGAUAUCACGUGCCUGAAUUAUGCGAACUUAUUGACGCCAUCCAUGUCAUGUCUUACGACCUCCGUGGAAAUUGGGCCGGAUUUGCGGAUGUACAUAGUCCACUCUACAGAAGGCCUCACGAUCAAUACGCAUAUGAAAAACUGAACGUGCACGAUGGUCUUCAACUCUGGGAAGACAAAGGAUGUCCCGCGAAUAAACUUGUUGUAGGAAUCCCGUUGUACGGACGUACCUUUACUCUCAGUCAAGGCAACAACAACUAUAAACCUGGAACUUAUAUCAACAAGGAAGCAGGCGGUGGAGCGCCCGGCAAGUACACAGGAGCUAAAGGAUUCUUGGCUUACUACGAAAUUUGUAUGGAGCUCCAGAAGCCGGACAACGGAUGGACCAAGGAUUACGACGACAUAGGCAAAGUGCCCUACAUGUAUAAAGAAACCCAAUGGGUUGGUUACGAAGACGCUGACAGUAUUGUCCACAAAAUGAAUUUUCUCAAAGAGAAAAAGUAUCUCGGCGCGAUGGUUUGGGCCGUUGACAUGGAUGAUUUCAGAGGUAUCUGCGGUCCUGUGAAUCCUCUCAUGACUGCUAUCUACAAUGGUCUGAAAGGUUACACGGUAACUUCAAAGGACUACAAGACCACACCGAGGCCCGAUUGGGACAGACCACCGAGCACUACACCUUCGACAGGUGAAAAACCAGAGAAACCGAAACCCAAACCCACCGAAAAUCCGGAAAAGCCGGAAAAACCGGAAGUGCCUGAAGAACCUCGUCCGACUCCGAACCCUCCAGAUAACAGCGAAGUCACCUGCAACGGCCAAAAUAUCAUUCCCGGUGAAGAUUGCAAAACGUAUUAUAUAUGUGAUCACGGCAAACCAAUUAAAGCUCAAUGCCCAACUGGUUUAAUUUUCAACGCUUCUAAGCUUAUUUGCGACUGGCCGACUAAUGCCGAUCGCGAAAAAUGCAGAAGUGUUUGAUCUGUCGAUGAUGUAUUCUAUACCAAACCGUCCAAUCAAACUUCAUCAUAAGUCAUAAUUUAAAACUCAAUAAAUUGCCUGAAAAAGAAAAAGAGAAAAAGAAUUUAUUGCGAGAAUUUAUAUAAUUGUUACGGCAUUUGUUUUCGUGUACGAAAAUAUAUGUGCAAUAUGAAACGAUAUCGCUGCAAGAUACAAUAAAUCAUCCACAGUUACUGAAAAUAAAAAACCAUUACUACAUA